AAAAAGAAAAAGAAAAAAAAAAACCCUUUACCAUCCAUAGCACCUGAGGAGCUGCCGGGUCCCCUGCUGGAUGGUCGCUAAGUCGCUAAGUCGCUAAAAGUCGCUUGGUCGCGCGAGUCUGCCCGCGCCCGAGCGAGGGCCAGCUAGGAACAAUACCUAAUACAAUGUUGCUCUACCAGUCUACCUACUACCUACCUCCUCCAAAAAAGUGACCCUCUUGUUCGCCUUAACCAACACACAUUCCUCCCCCUCUAUUACUCUUACCUUUGCAAACUGACGCAGUUUUUACGAAUAUCGAAUUCAGUCAUGAUAGACCUGACGGUAUAUUUGCAAGGUCCUUAUCCUGUUUCCUCUGACUUCGCGUAGCCAGAAUUCCUUCAAGAGCUCCUUCGCGGUCGCCCUGGAGCAACUCUUGUCUCCUCACCCUCUUCCAACCACAUCCAGUCUUUGUCGCGACCCAAUCACCUAUAAUCUCACCUAGUCCUUGCUCAGACCUAAAGAGAAUACUUCCCAAUUCCAUUAUCUACUUAAAUCUUCAUCGCGUUUAACCCGUUUCCCACAUUAAACUCCCCGAUCCCAAUCCGACCUGUCGCCCGGUCGCCCACACUUUACGUCCACAAGCGAUGGCCGGUACUUCUCCGACUAGACGCUCUUCUCGUGCGCGAACAACCCAAUCACAAUCACAUAAUAGCUCGAGUGCGUCCAGUGCAUCUGGCCGUGCCGAGCGAAGCACAAGGGCCUUCACUAAAACUGGUUCACCCCAAAAGUCGACUGGUAGUGGGUCUCUAUCUUCAGAACCCCCCGAGGAUUCAACAGCUAUAACGAACGACGACCCCAUCCUCCGUCGGCGGAGUACGCGCGGGAAAGAAGACGACCGAGAAAAGCAAUCCAAGAUAGAAUUACUCGAUAUGGCGUCUGCUGGCGACGAAGUUCAAGAGGACGAUGAGGCCGUACGUUGCAUCUGCGGUCAUGAUGAAUACCCAGGACCACCGCCCUUCGACGAGAACUCGAAGCAUGAUCCAAGAGACACAAUUGAUCACGACCGCAUUUUCGCCAUCGAAAUUACGGACGACAUGGCUGGCUUUUAUGUACAAUGCGAGUUCUGCAACACAUGGCAGCAUGGUGCUUGUGUCGGUUUUGCCGAAGAGUCCAAUCUCGAAGAUGUCCAAUACUUUUGCGAAAGAUGUCGAAAAGACUUACAUAAGAUAUUUACAGCAAGCAAUGGGCAAAAAUAUUCGAUAUUUCUUCCCAUCCAUCGACCUUCACGAGCUGUUUCACGAGCCACCUCCACAGCUAAAGAUGCAGCUGCGCAUACAUCGAAGCGGCGUUCUACUAUGAACAGUCGGGAUGCUGCUUAUGACGAAGAGGAACAACUACGCCGAGCAAUUGAAGCAAGCAAGGAAGAUGCGAUUCCCGAAACCACAGAACCUCCCUCAAGACGUCCCAAGCGAAGUAGAGAUGAUAGUGAAGAGAAGGUUGAGGGUAUUAAACGACAGCGAACAACUUCUAAAUCCCCUUCCCCGAAAAUUGAAAGGCUUCAAUCUGCCCUCCCCGAAGAGUCCGAAGAUGAACUGGCAAUCCGAAACGGAUCAUCAAAGAAAUCUCGGAACGCAGCAAGGAAUCAGCGUGAAAAGGCCGAAAGAGACGAACGCCGUGAAGAACAAGAGCGGAGACGAGUCGAGGCUGCCAAUAAGCGAAAAGGCCGAGCUGAACGUCGCCGAGCUGAUGACUCUGAUCCCUCGGAAGAAAUGCCUCUGGCAGUUCGCGCAGCAGCAAAUAGAGCAACAGAAUCCGCGCAACCUCCAGAUCCCCCGAUUUCAUCACAGCCCCCUCCCGACACGCCACCUGCGGCCCCGGUUCCCACAAAUUCCCAUAAGAAAAAGGCAACCAACCAGAAAAAGAAAGGCAGGAAUCAAUAUACUAAAGACCGUGAUAAUCGCGAUCAUGACGAAUCACCGGCGAGGUCGGUGUCGCGCGAUAUUACAAGAAAUGCCGACGAAAACAGCACAUCACAUACAAAAUCGAAUCACGAGUCUACCGGCAAGCAGAGCAAAUCAAAGGGCGGCAUGAAUUCAAGGAUUACCAUGACGGAUAUGAAGAGGCGCGCCAAUAACAUUCUAGAAUACAUCACAAGAACGCAGGUCGAGCUCGCAAGCGAGCCGUUAUCAGACUCGGGAGCUUGUACACAACAGAACAGCGCCAGCAACGGAUCCGUCACCACAAUACCUUUAACCAAGGUAAACGGUGACAGCAGAAAACACGACAAUGUCGGUAUAACUACAAACGGAUCGGUAACUAACGGAGUCAGCCAUGGUCUCUCCUCGCUAAAGGAGUUUAAGGAUAUGUCUUGUAUCGAGAUGAUGGACAUAUUGACACGGGAUUUGGUAAAGUGGCAGCAAGAGUUUGCGCCCUGAAGCUAUUGCCGGCUUCAUUCGGCAGUCAACUUGGCGUUCUAGGGUUAGCUUCCAAGCACAUUAGGUAGGCUUAUAUCUGCAUUGCUCGGCGUUGUCUUGGGCAAAUGGGAAAACAAGGCGUUCUUUUCAGUGGGUUAAAAGGGGGUUUAUCAAUGGUGUUCUACUUCUUCUACUUUUCUGGCUGUACUAACAAAACUUCAAAUGGAUUGAUCGGGAGAGUCAGGGGCUCUGAGGAACUUGGGACAAGGUCUCGGGACACGGAGCACCUGUUCGUGGAGAGGGUGUAGGACUUUUUAUUGCUAUUUUACAGGCGCGGUGUUGUAUCUACAAUAUACCCCCUCUGAUACCUUGCUAUAUCUCAAUAGCAUUUCCUUGCUGUAAAAUUUUGGGUACAUUAUGUACAAUGACGAUACGUAUUUACCAAUACACUGGCGUAGAUGCCUAGGUUCCGUA